CCUGUUUUAAAAAUUCCUAUUGAUGUGUGGCUGCAGAGACAUCAGCAUAGCAUGCACAGGUGCUUGGGAUUUGAAGAGGAUGAGAAUAUAGUGUUUAUGGUUUCUUCUUCCAAGUGGAUAUUAAAAGGUGGAACGAUAAGCUACUGAAUAGAACCCUCAGCAAAACUAGUGCUAAUCCUUAAAGCCCAGGUGUGUUGCACAACUGAAUUUUACCACAGAUCAGAGGAUUAAUAGUCAGACUGAAUAGUGUUUUGUAGAAUUUUCUCAUUUACAAUGGGGAAAGGCAGCAAAGUUGUAGUUUGUGGGUUUGCGGCAGUUGGUAAAACAGCAAUCCUGGAACAGCUGCUAUAUGGAAACUACAAAUUAGGUCUGGAAACUAUUGAAACCCUGGAAGAUGUUUAUAUUGCUACAGUGGAAACAGACCGUGGAGUAAAGGAACAGUUGCGCCUUUAUGAUACCCAGGGACUGCAAGAAGACACUGAAUUGCCGAAACACUACUUUUCAUUUGCUGAUGGCUUUAUUCUUGUCUACAGUAUCAACUGUCUAGAGUCAUUCAAGAGAGUUGAACUGCUAAAGAAAGAAGUGGACAAAUUCAGAGACAAGAAAGAGGUGGUAAUUAUUGUUUUGGGGAACAAAAUGGAUCUUGCAGGACAGCGACAAGUGGACACGGACAUGGCACAGCAAUGGGCGAAAAGUGAAAGAAUUAAAUUAUGGGAGGUGUCUGUAACAGACAGGAAGACACUGACAGAACCAUUUACACUGCUGGCUAGUAAGCUAAAUCAGCUGCAAUCGAAACCUACUUUUCCUUUGCCUGGGAGAAAAAGCAAAGGCACUCCAUCUUCUGAUAACUGAAUAGGCAUCAUGUUGUCGGCCCCAUGCAAAUAAGUGUUAUGGCAGACACUGACCAUUUGUUAAUUUGUAUUUUGCCUGUAUAUUCUAGUGUUGGUUUGAUUGAUGUCUGCCUGAUCACUUUAGUUAUUAAAAACACUUACUAUUUUCCCAGUUCA